UCGUGGUGGGCGUAAUUUACGGAUUGACCGCAGCGUUUCCUUACCCGGAAGCGAGGGGCGGCAGACGAUGGUGCCAGGCCGCCCGUGUAGGAGAAAAGCAUGUUUAUUUUGCAUUCAGCAAAGGCCCCUGCGCUGCGGCGGCUUUACACGUGAUCUACACUGAGCGUGAUCUGUAGUGAAUGGAAGCCACUGGGGCUACGCCGCAGUCCUCUGCCAGGCCGCUUCCGGCAGCAGCGCGUGACCCGACCAAGCUCUUCAAGCCCCUCCGCCCCGGCUGCUCGGGAACUUGCAGCAUGCCGGCCACUUCCGCUGGCCCGAGCCGUCCAAUAGGACAGAGACGGGAGCGGUUCCGGAAGUGACGCGAGGAGCGUCUGCUUUCCUCCGGUUCCGGCCUGGGGAAAGCGCGUUGCCGCGACAUGAAGCUGCUCACCCACAACCUGCUGAGCUCGCAUGUGCGGGGGGUGGGGCCCCGUGGCUUCCCUCUGCGCCUCCAGGCCACCGAGGUCCGCAUCAACCCCGUGGAGUUCAAUCCCGACUUCGUGGCGCGUAUGAUACCCAAGGUGGAGUGGGCGGCGCUUUUGGAGGCGGCGGAGACCGUGAGGACCCUCCCCCACGCCCGUGUUCACCUUCCGGGGGAGUGGGGCGGGGGGGAGUGGUCUCACCGCCAGCCCAGAGCGAGGGGCGGGACGCCCGGAGAUGACUUAGGCCUUUGCCCACAGUUGCAUCUGGUCGAGGUACCCAAAGGGCCGAUUGAAGGGUAUGAGCAUGAUGAGAAAUUCCUGAGGCAGAUGCACCACGUGCUGCUGGAGGUGGAUGUGUUGGAGGGCACCCUGCAGUGCCCAGAGUCUGGACGUCUGUUCCCCAUCAGUCGCGGGAUCCCCAACAUGCUGCUGAGUGAUGAGGAAACCGAGACUUAAUCGUGCCAGAUACUAAUUUUGAAGUCUGUAACUGUGUAUGUUUCUGUUUAUAUCUAGCCUAUUUGCUAGUCCGUCGUGUAUCCCCACCCGUGACCCAGUGACACACGAGAAACACGAUGUUCUUGAGCUCGAUAUAUUUCUUUUUCUCAUUAAAGGUUCAAAACCAAAA